ACUGGCGAGGUAAAAAGCGCUGGGCGCGGCUGGCUUUCCUCCCCGCCCAGAAGGGGUGGAGCCAGAAAUGGUCGGACGGGGAGAUUAAUUAAUAGCCCGCCUCGAGGGUGACCCCGCUCCGCCUUCUCCGCUACCAAAUUUAAAUUGGGCUGACAGGCGCCUCCUUUCCUCUCCUCUGGUAGCGUCACGUGAGAAAGGAGGAGACCAGCGCCUUUGGGGGGUACAAUGACGGAGACACGACGCGGCUGUGAUUUGAGUCUGACGAUGCCGCCAGGAGAGCCGUAAGGCGGCGACAGAGAAGGAGGAGGAGGAUGUUAGUGGCGAUGCUAUGGAAGAACAGGAGAUGAAGGAGCCGGGAGAGGAGGAGGAUCCCGACCUGACGGCUGCUUCUGGCAGUGGACGGCAGCACCCAGAAGGAGGAGGAGGAGGAGGAGGAGGAAUCUUUUCCGUUGGGCUCAGAUGGCUGCGUCGGUGGAGCUGAACCAGGACGCGGUCCUGCAGUUCUUGGCGGAGCGGGACGGCCGGGCGCGCAACGCCGACCUGUUGGACCACUUUCGAGGCUUCCUCAACUCCCCAGAGCCCCAGCGCCGCGCCCAGGCCCGAGAGUGCUUCAAGGAGCUGGUCAACGCCGUGGCCACAGUGCGGCAAGAGCCCGGCUCUGGCGCCAAAUAUGUGCAAUUGCGCAAGAAAUAUCGGAACGCGUUGGGCAGUAGCUGCGACACUCGACCCAAGGCAGAAGGAGCAAAGCAGGCAGCGGCCUCUGCUGCUGCAACCGACCCUCCAGCUGCCACCGAGCUGGCGGUGGAGACCACUCCGUGCCUCCAGCCUGAUCCUGAAGGUCGAGACAACGGCAGCAGCAACAGGCGGGAUGGGGAUUCUCCUCCUGAGGUGGGAAACCCCUUGGAGAAAGAGGCAAAGGAGAGUGUCUCGGCAGACACUCCUGCCCGCUUAGGAGACACUCAGUCCGAUGAAAGUAUAGCCUUGCCCCCCUCACACCGGCAGCCUGAGAAGCCCCCGCCCAGUGGUAGUGAGAUAUCUCAGCCAAGCCCGGAGACCCCUGGAGAAGAAGGGGCGGAUGGAGGAGGGCUGGCUGAGAAAAGCAGCUCCCGGGGUACGGCGGGGCUGCCUAUGCAUGAGGGAGUAGAAGGGGUCGAGGCUGAAGAGGAGCCCGGCGGGGGCAGCGGCGAGCUCCAGCCCGAGGACUCGCCGCCCUGUGCUAGCCCCGCCACUGCCUUAGGCGUCGUCCAGGCGGCCUCCAACAGUCCUAGGUGCGGGCGCAAGAACUUCCGGGAGCGGAUGGUGGGCAGCUCCCCUCAGCUGAAGCGCAGCGGCUUGUUCCCGCGCGGUGGUAGCGGCAGCAGCCGCGGCGGAGGGGACUCGGAUAGUGCUUCGCUGGCCUCUUCUUCGGCCGAGGACGAGAGCGGCAGCGGGACCGGCUCGGUGGCCCUGGACCCGCUGGAACACGCGUGGAUGCUGUGCGCCUCGGACGGGCGCUGGGAGACCCUGGAGGGGCUGCUGAGCUGCGAGCCGGCACUGAUUUGCAAACGGGACUUCAUCACGGGCUUCACUUGCCUGCACUGGGCCGCCAAGCACGGGCGCCACGAGCUGCUGGCCAUGCUGGUUAACUUCGCCCACCGGCACCGCCUGCCCGUCGACGUCAACGCACGCACCAGCGGCGGCUACACGGCGCUGCACCUGGCCGCCAUGCAUGGGCACCUGGAGGUGGUCAAGCUGCUGGUGGGCGCCUACGACGCCGACGUGGAUAUUCGCGACUACAGCGGCCGCAAAGCCUCGCACUACCUGGGCCGUGGCACUGCCGAAGAGGUGCGCAGCCUCGUCGGGGCCCUGCAGGACGACGCCGACAGCGGGGCGCCCAACGGCAGCGGCCGCUGGAGAUUUUCCAAGGUGCUCACCUCCAACCUCAUAACCUAUAAGCUCUCGCACCUCCACCACGGGGACGAAGGGGAGUCGGGAGAGGGGUCGGGAAUGCCUGGCAAGGGCAAAGAACUCAGCAGGAAAACCUCCGGUAGCGGGAGGAUAAAACCGCGGUUCAACAAAAUCCGCUUCCGUACCCAGAUCAUCCAUACAACUCCUUCUUUUUGUGGGGAUGCAGAGGAAGAAGGUCAAGAAGAAAGGUCUUUCAAAGCUUCGUUCAAACUCAGACCUAAAUCCAAUGUGUUUGGGUAGAAUAAGAAUUAUUUCUUACACCUGAAUACAGCAAGGUGGAUUACUGCUCUAAUGAUUAGAGUUUCAUAUCACUACCUUUGCCUCGAUGGGGCUGUUUAAGGAUAUAUCUACCUGGGGCAAUGCCUUUAAUUGCUUGACAAGCACAGGGCUAAAUAGGAUAAAUAUUCUGAAUAGGACGCUUGAGAGAGUAAACAUUUUCCAAGGCUAUAAAUACAGCUGUGGUUGCAGUUGAAGUUCUAAUAACUCACCAAACUAAUUGGCUCUGCUGUUUUGCUUUAAAAUUUGAGUUUUUCUUUGUUUACUUGGAUCAGAUUUAAUGUCUGAUUAUCCCAUAUAUAUUGGUACAAUUCUAACUGGUACAACUGCUGUUUCUGGAGGCUUUUUAUAGCCCAGUUCUCACUGAACUGAGAUGCAAAUGUCUGGGCUGUACCAUUUUAGGCUAUAUGUUGCUCCUCCAUAAAAUAAAAUUCACUGCACAUAGAAAACUACCAUGUGUGAGAGGAAGCCAGACUUUAACACUUCUCUCUGCCAGCCUGUUUUGUCUGUGGAAGGAUUUCACUUUUAAUUUUUAUUUUGUAUGGAAGAUUUUUAAUCUUGUGAGCCGUGGCUGAAAUGGUAUUACACAGCUUUAUCCCACAAUGAGAAUCUGGGCUAUAAGGGCCAGACUAGAGAUUCUUAGCAAAUGUUUCAUCAUAGCCACAUUUCACAGAGAAAAAAUGCACCUGUGGGUGGCAUUCAUAGAGGAGGCUAAGUGAGUAGGUAGAAAUGUGGUUAAGCUUGCCCCUGCCUCCCAAUUCUCCCUUGAAAAUGCCAAUGUUCCAAGGUUUCCUCCAGCCAGAGACAAUUUCAGAGCCUAAAUGGAAUGGUUUUUUUUUUUUAACUUUUUAGAAAGGGAUAUUUUGCAGGGAAUAAUUGGUGGUUAGGGGUAAAGGAAACACAGCCUGAAAACUCUUGUAUUGCCCUCAUAACUAGGUUAGCCUUUACACUAAGGGACAUGUGUUUAAGAAUACAUUGUUUUUGAAGACAUACUCUUACCUGUCUCAUGACAACUACAGUAUAGGUUGAGUUUAACUGAGAACCACUAAAGUGGGUGGAUGUGCUAUUAAUUUUAGAGGAUUACUGAAUGUGCCUAAAGGUUUUCUAAAGGCACGCCUUUUUCUUUUAAUACUUUUGAACAUGUUUUGAACAUGCUUUGCCUAUUGAAUACAAUGCCUUGGAAGGCUUAACAGUGCAUGAAGUGAGCUUGAAUUUGUGAGAUAGGCUCACAAAAAAUGAUUUGUGUGUCAGUGAGACUUUCCUUUCGUCAGCUCUGGAAAGGGAUUUUUUUAUUCUUUCCACUGGGAGACUGCUGUAUGUAAGGUUUUCAAAACAAAAUCUUCAGAAGCAAUCUUGCAUGUUAGCUCCAACAUGUAUCUAAUAGUUGCAUGCACAGAACGCAGCUCAUGCUGCUGAUCUUUCUCUUUGUUUCCUCCCCCUCUACAGUGCCUGCACACACACACACUUAAAAAAGCCUCUCCCUCCUGAUUUCAGGUGAUUUCCCUCUCCUGCUGUAGCCUGUACAACAUGGUCCACGCUGUUUAGGAGGACUCCCCCAUUCCCUGGAGAGAUUUUUCAAGGGUUAAAGGGGGGAAGAGAAGGAAAGGGGGAGAUUGGUUGUGUGAGCUGCCUUCCACUUGCACUGUCAGUGGAUACAGCCCAAUGACUCUGAACGUCUGUCAUUUGGGCUUAUCUUGAAGAUUAGUGCUAGUGCAUUUUAACCAUUAAUUUGUUUAAUGCAGAGUUGAUUUUAUUCAGAAGGUGUGGGCAGAAGAUAUUCAUAGAACUGUAACAAAACUUUCCAUGUAAUAUUCUCAUUAAAUGGAUUUCCCAGC